AUUGCGGGUUGGAAGAUGUAUGGCGAUUUGUUCUAUAAAAAUGGCAAUGCACUUGUAUUUCCAGCCAAACCUCGCUGCCUUGUGAUCAGUGUUUUGAGCCAAAGGCUUUGGUCGAAGACCCCAAUCUUCCUCCUUUGCUGUGGGCCCAAUCUCAUGUACGACCAUGACACAACUAACCAAACUCCUAUGCCACAUCCACCAUCGUGUGGUACCCUCAGCCGGGUUGCCUUCAAUACAACAUACAGCAGAGCCAGUAAGCGAAAGCAGGCUACUGCUAACGCUUCUGCUAUUUUUCGCCUCUUCACACCGUCGCCAGAGCACUUCUCGUUCACAAUGGCCACUCGUGAUGUGUUUCGCGGAGAAUUCGAUUUCAAAUCGAAUGAAUCCUUGGAUACUCAAAUAACUGAGUCAAUCGAUAGGGGAGAUUUUCCCGUGGCCAUCUUGUCGUUGGUGAUGCUUAUUAUCUGGUCCAUCUAUAUGUUGUUCUACAAUUCACGAGUGGUCGGUAUUUUGAUCUCCCUGAUAGCCAGACGAUUCGUGAAGCGUGGUUUCAUCCGAUUCGGCUCUGUGUCGUUCUCAGCGUUGGGUGGAAAAUUGAUGCUUAGAGAUUUCGCCUACAUGACUGAUGAUUAUACCAUUCGAUGCUGCUACGCGAUCGUCGUUUUCAAUUACUGGCUGCGCUUCACAUCAAACACUGUAGCAAGGGAUCCACGUGUUGGAGGAAGAUGCCUUUACAUAUACCUCUACGGGCUCGAUAUUCACUUGUACAAUCGCACCGCAGCGUACGAAGAACUGGGGAAGCUAUUCAAGAUUGCCUCAAAAAGUAACAGAGGUUCCCUGCAACGACAGUGGACUGAUUCGGGUUCAACGAAAGGUAUCCCUUUAUCAACCUCCCGGAGCCGUCUUUCAGAGGCUGAUACACUUGACAACGAUGAUGUGAUCACAAAGCCGAAUGGUUGGUUUUUCACUCGAUCUUACGUGCAUUCAGAUGAGUUUGAGUACUUUUCAGUUAACCGGUUUGAAAUCAAUUUCCAUCGUAUUGUUCUUAUCAGUAACACAUCGACUGGGUUUUUGGACCUGUUCUGGUCGCAUGCGAGGAGGCUUGUCCCCGUGGUGAGAUUCAAUAUGGAGUUGACAAAGAUAUGUGCCGGAAAUCAUCUGCUCCCACGAGCUUGUAUGCUCAGCAGUACGCGAUUGACUGGAACCUACAGUUUGGGAGAGCCCACCUAUCAGGCAGAUAGAUACCAACACAAAGUGUCGGCCGAAUUUAGUAACCUAUUGUGCACAUUGAUUCCGGUGGUUGAGUACGCCGGUCAACAUGCGAUCGAAGAACCACCGAAAAAUUGGGAUCGGACGUUUCACGUCUUCCACUUUGGUCGCGGCAAUUUUACAUACAUCCAAGAUGAGCCAGGUUUUGUUUCCAACGAACCAGAUCAAGUUUACAUGUCUGGAGGAGAUGUCACCGUACGUCAAACUUGGCCGGUUUGGAGAUUUGUCAUUUGUGUCACAAAAAGUUGUCAGUUACACUAUGGCCCUUGGGCCGAUCGUCAGCGGGAUCUAUUGUGGCAUUUCUUCUUCCCACCAUCGUAUCAACCGGCAAAGAUUAGCGACCCACCAGUGACUGGCCAGUACCGUGUUCCAAAAAAGCUGGUGGUCGAAAUCAAUUUUGCCACCAAUUUGCAGCUGGAGCUUCUGUUUAGCCAGCAAAAUGUGGUCAAGACGCUGCACCUGAGUGCAUUGCCUGACUCUUCAGUCAGGCUCAACAUACCGUGGCUGGUUGGAAUCGAUGGAUUUCGUACCCGUAUUCGGAUCAAUCUGGUUCAAGGUGGAAUUGCGGCUCAGCAUUUAUGGUCUGAUGUCUUACGUACUCGGCAACUGGAUCUUGAUUUGCUGAUGCACUAUCCACGUGAAUGGAAUAUGCCUCAGACGUGGGAUUUUGAUUUGAAGGCGAAAAGCCCGCAAUUCACCAUGUUGUUUGAUUACAAACGAUUCUUCAAAGGUCUGAUUGAGGACUGGCUACGCGGGUCACAGCCAGAUUUACUACACUUUGUCCCCUGUACCUACAAGUUCCGCAUUUCUGCCGACGGGUUGAAUUUCGUUCUGCUCGCGAACGACUAUAACUGGGUUUCGUCCACCACGGAAAACGCACAUAUUGCAUUCGCAGGGAAAAGGUUCUCGCUUUCGUUUGAUCUGCCGUUUGUGGACUACUUGCCUGAUGUCGUUCCCAUUGUCUUCGCCAUUGAGAUAAAUUCUGCCAAAGUGAGAUUCUCGCUGCCGGAAACGAAUUCUCUAUUGCAUAUAAUUCGUGAUCAACAUAGUCGGCUGAAGCUUGUCGAUCGAUCCGGUCGUUUACUCAAAGCCAAUCCAUUCGAAGUGUAUGAGGAACUCAUUCCGGGGCAGUUGGCCGGUGAUAAGCCCGCUCACCGUAUUUGGUUCGAUUGCGGGAGAGCACCGUUUGUUACACUUCGAAUCGCAUUCACCUACCAUCCUUCACCAUGGGUUGCCGAAUACUGGCGAUUCUUGCCACGGCAUCUUCGUCCCGAAAUCCCAGUGGCCAAGUUUUCUGGACGCAGUCGACACAGGCGGAAGGGUCGCAAACGACCUCAUACCACAGCUACGUUUGAGGUGGCUUCUGAUUCGUCCAGCCAGGUAGCUUUUUCCGGAAUAUUUAUAUCGGAACUGGAAGAACUCGCCCUGGGCGGACUGCGUCCUGAGGGUAGCCGUACCCAGGGCCCAACCGAAGAUCAACUACUGCAAGACAACUUUGACGCUUCCUACCUCGCACCGGACACCGUAGACGUGCACCUACAUCUUGCCAAUGCCCAGCUUUGUUUCUACGGCAUUCUGCUACGCUUGUUUAUCCACCUUAAGGAAAACUACUUUGGUUACUAUCAGACACCGGUGGACUUUAAUAAAGACCCAAUCAGCGGAGCCGACUACUUGAACUCCACAACAUACCCGUCGGACUAUGGGAUCUCAACUUGGAAUGGUCUGUCCGAGGGACAGAAGAGAUCCAAAAUCCAGCGAAUCGUGGAUCCAAGGGAACACCGUCCCUUGAUGGUCAGACUGUCGCUGGAAUUUCACAACAUAUUGGCACACCUUCCAAUGCAUGUUUCCAGUUUUAGCGCACCGUGUCCCACCGCUUUUCUGGACUGUAUCGGUUUCGAAAUGGAUAAACGUUGGCACGAGACUAAGAUUCAGUUGGUUUUCUCCCCCAUCCUCCUGUGUGUCUACGACCAAUGCAAGAUUUUGGCUCACCCCCUCUUUUCGUUUACAGGCUUCCCGACCAAAAUCUUGCAGCUCACUGUCCACAGGCUGUGUCCAGCUCAUGGGUCUUUGUUUGCGUGGCCAGGAAUGUUUAGUCACCGACCAAAAUCUUGCAGCUCACUGUCCACAGGCUGUGUCCAGCUCAUGGGUCUUUGUUUGCGUGGCCAAGGAAUGUUUAGUCAUGCCACUCUACCUCUGAGUGCUGAAACGUUGGAGUACGCGUGGCUUCUCGAACUGAUCGUGGGUCGAUUCACCGGUCAACUCACCGCCCCACAGUUGACCACAAUUGUGCAAGCUUUGAACGGUUUCAUGUUCUCCGUAAUGGACUCAGAGAAUAAACUCGUUUGUUCCAGAGAUUUUGAACUUUGUCAGCAUGCGCGACCACAAUCACUUUGUCCCUUCUGGCCCUCUGUUUCUUCGGACACUCUGUGUCCUGGUGAAACGCUACUCAAAUAUCGAUUUCUUCGUGUUUCACUUGAUGGCGUCGAUGUGGGUUUUGUGGAGACUGGAAGUUGUCUGAGUCUGCAACUCGACCCUGUUAGACUGACCAAUUGCAACAUGCACGGAACUGCCAAGUGCAGCGGACUACUGAUUAUGCUACCUCGGGUGCGUUUGGUGCAGUACAUCCGACCGAUUGCACAUGAACAGCGGACGGAAACACACGCUCCUGUCAGUGUGACUUCGCCGGCCACCGUCAUUAGUCCGGCCGAUCCACAGUCGUUGUGGUUGGAAGCCGGUUCGCUUGCCUUUGGACCGGUCCACGCAAACGUGUCCAGUGCACCCGAACGUUCCGAACAUGCUUUGUGGCAGCUUGCUUUUCUCAAGUGUCACGAUGCCGCAACAAAGCGGCUAUGGUUCCUUUGGUCAACCAGUGAAUCGCGUUUUGGACCCAUGAGCUGUGCGGUAAGUUCCGGCUCCACAUCGUCCUACACUCCUCCGGCCAUCUUUCCAAACUGUGGAUGUUUUGGACAGUGCUCCUUCUUCGGUUCGAAUGAAAGUGGCCGAGCUUUGUUUACUGAAUUAUUGACAGGUGAUUUCCAGCAGCGUGCAGUCUUUCCGUCGCGAAAUGAAUACAAGCCUCAUCUCUUCGCAACUGGUAAAGCUAUAAAGCAGACUGGAUCAUCUCCUGGACCCAAUACUGUGUUUCCACCCAUCAUGUAUUCUACCGCUGAGGACAAUUCACCGAAGUCAGCACUGCCUGCGACUCACUUUGGUGAGAGCCUUCUGGUGGCACAUCGGCUUUUGCAUGAGCUUCACAACCCUUCAUUCUGCCACGAACGCUCCAAUGGUUUAUUACUCAUGCGCGGAGAAGUUUUAGCAACAUGUGAUUCUACCAAAUGCGCUGAUGAAGAUGAAUGUUGCAACAGCAGCGAUCCAUCGGACGAGGAUUUCUCUACCAGUGAAUCCAGCAACCAACCCUCUCGCACCAGUUCUCCGGAUCAUCGCACUGCUGAUGCGAAAGUCCGGUCGGGAUACAUUCGUGCUCGAAAGCGUUAUCAUUUGGCCAGUGGAAGAAUGAAACGUGACAAGAAUUUUUCGGGGUCUCUUUCUGAGCCCUCGUCAAUGUCCGAAUUGCUGGUACCUCCGGAUUCGCCAGAUGAAGAUGAUGACUUGGUCGCAGGUGUGCAUCACACUUCAGCAGUAGGUGCGGUUGUUGCAGAAACCCAAAUGGGACCAGGCUUGGGCAAUCGUUUGCCCUCGGGUCUAUCUUUGAACAGCCUAAUUGGUCCGCUGACACCAUCCGAAACGCCGUCGCAUUCGUCUCAGCUGGCGCUGGAUGAACUCAGUUUCCCUGAGAUCGCAGGUACCCGACCGACACCCCCUCCAAGGCGGUUUACUAAACCUGGAGGUGAGCGUGACAGUGAUAUACUCAGACCUCCGCUCUUGGGACCCGCAGACUCUCCAAAGAUGGAUAACGUCGAAGAGAAAACGUUCGAAGAAGAUGCAUUUGAGAAGUUUGUUGAUUUGCGUGGACAGUUGAACAGACCGAUUACAGAGAGCGGUCUUCUACGUGCAGCCUACAGUCAUCACUUGAACGUGUACCGUUGUAUAACUGCCUGGGCAAAGCCGGUUCGUUUGAGUCGGCGCUGGCACCUCUGUAAACACACGUAUCAGAGCGUGGAGUCUUUAAAAGAUUGCCUGAAUCCUCCCAACGCGGAGUUGGACAAACUGACAAACCUCCAUCCUUGGGAAUAUCGUCUGGGAUCGGCUUUAGCACCGCGCUUUCAGAUAGUUCAAUCUGGCUUCUCUCCUCAACUCAUAUUGAGUCGGGCCUCUGGGAAGACGUCGUCUUCUGCUACAAAGUCUGCUACAGUGGAUCCGCAGGCAAAAGGUGAUGUGUAUCUUGCCCAUGUUUCAUCGAAUUCGGACGCUGUCGUGUGGCUUCAGAACACAGUGGAUUUUCUUGUAUCUCCGUUGUUCACAGAGGCGAUGGAAAGGUACCUCAACGUCUUGUCACCCGUUCUGUCUAAUACACCUCCGUCUGCUGUCAUCGAUGGAAUGCACAAUAAUUGUGUGAAGGUGAAACUAGCGGCCUUCAAGCAUGUCAGUCAGUCUCAUAGCCGCUCAGACAGAAACGCUGAAAGCAAACAUGCCUCGCCCAACAAGUUAAAUGCAUUCCUAAGCAAUGAAUCACAUGAGCUCUUUGGGGAUGUAAACGUGGGGCCUUCCAGUCCUUAUUGGCACUCUUCCAUCUUCAAUCUUAGUCCACAGCGAAGAAUGACGGUUGACAACACGUUGUCGCGGAGACAGGGUCAGUUUUCGAUUAUUGGUUUAAAAACUUCCCCCUCUAAUAUCGUCCUAAUUUUCCAUUCAUCUGCGUUUUGUGCAGAAACGUCUGACAUUCGUACCGAAACAGGUUUGUGUGAUACAGAUGUGUCACAGCCUCAUCGAAAAGCUUCCACCUUGGAAGACCUUCACUGUAUGUCGGCAACCGACUCAGAAGGCCCGAGCAAAGAUCAAACGGACUCUCAACACCACGAUCGUCGCUUCUCCGUACCAACACGGACUGAUCGCCGUAUUCGUGGAGACACCAUAGUCUCGGGAAAGUUGGCUGCCCUCUCAGUCGAGCGAAUCAAUUUUUGUUUCCUGCAACUCUAUGCGGUCGAAGACUUGGUCCAUCUGGACAGUUUGCGAUCCGGGCUUCAUGAUUUGACAUGUGUUUCUCUGUUGGCGUUAUGCGUUGAUUCCGUUUCGUUUGAGCUUGAACCAUGUGUAGCUCAAUCUGAUAUGUCUUCAGAAGGCUCGGAACUCUGCAACCAACCGCUGUUGAAACCAUCGCAGGAAACUGGUCGAUCAGUGGCUUUGGAGCCUCACAAGCGCACUGAACGUUUUCGGCGUAUACAACCGUCAACAGUGGAUGGACAAAGCACACACGCCUCUGACCGCAUGGUCAGCUGUCCGUCACUUCAAGAACUAGAUGAGGUUGGUUCCAGUCUUGAUGCGCCACCAUCUUUUGUGCGGAAUCGUCUCAACCAACACUCCCGACAACCGUCGGCCCCACCCAUUCUGAAUAGUUUUAAUUCUCCUUUGAUCAGCGUCCCACAGCCCGCUUCGAUCAACAGUAACUCUCUUAAGACAAGAACACAUGAAGCGCGGGAUGAAAUUCUACUUCGACGUAAUCCCGUUCAACCUGGUGCUCGUUUCUUUCCCCACGUCAUCACAGGUGAUGAAUCGCGCACAGUUCCCACCUUGGACGUAGCCGCAGGUCUAUCUGACAAUUCGAACUGUAUACGUGGUUCUGAAAUCGUUUGCCAGCUGACGAUUCGUCGCAUACACGGACAGUUACGCCGUCUGACUCGACUCAGCCAGUUCAAUGCCGGCGUACUGUUGACCGCCAUCCCGUUCGAAUCGUCCAGAACGUUUUUCGUAUUUGAAUCAGAUGAGGAAUUUCACAGUAGCCUAAUCCGUGCAGCCGGCACACCACGAGCAUCCGUAGUGUUGAAUGAACAAAGCACUGGUUGGAUCAUGUUCGAGUGUGGGCUGGAAAACCUCUCGCUUGCUUGUAAUCGUCGGGACGGCUAUGGUGAUCUUUCCACGGACCCAAAAGUUGAACAACAGCAACAGCAGACGACUGUAUUGUCUUCGGGUGAAAAGAACCUAUCCCCAGUGAAGCCAGUUGGUAAAGCUGCUACCAAAGUCCCUCCCACAGCGGAAGCAAUGCUUACCAGGAAUACAUCAGGACGACAGUCUGGACGAAAAAGGGUGUCGGUGCAGUUUCCCCUACCGGUGCAACGUGAAUUGGUGUCGAACGCAAGUGCUUCAGACGAGCCACAAAACGACUUUUCACCGCAGCCUCAUCAAGACGUCCCCGAUUCACUGGCAUCACCGAAUGGCGUGUCACCCCCUGUCCAACGCAAUGGUUUGCUAUCGCGUCUUCACGUCGCAACUGUAUGGCUAAACUUCCCCACCCCCAAGCGCCUUCCAAAUAAACGGCGUAUUGAGCUUCUUAGAUCGGAUUGGAACUUGUUGAGCACAACUACCCCAUCCAUCAAAGCCUGGAUGGAUCCAUGUAAUCGGCUCAUUUCCGUGUGUCAGCAGCUGUAUGGCAAUGCGGAACGUCGAAUCCUUGCGGUCACCACAUGCCUGAUGACGGAGGCUAUCAAUUACAAACUACCUACAGAAAACGGAUUGUUCAUAUUCCAGUGUUUCGGGAACGAAAGCUUGAGUGCCUAUGCGCGGCGCCGUGCGCCAAGCGCUCGUGCUAUCCACUUCGAUCCUAGCUGCCAGCUCUUUGUUGUGCUUCGACAGUAUCUAAACACUCUGACCGCACAGUAUGGCGUAUUGGAAACUGAUCGUCUGUUGAGCGAAUGGUUGAAAGAUAGUGUGGUUCCGCCGAACGAUCUGCUGCAAUGUGGCAUCCUUUCAUUGACGCGCGAGUGGCGCUCUCUGGUCGAGCUGCUGGCAGUCCUUGCUCAGGAUCUUCAAAACGCUGACCGACUUUCACUUGGUGGUCAGGUAGUCCCGGCGAAAAAAGCCGAUCAUGGUGGCAUCGGGCGUGUCGACAAACAGACAGCUGAUCUUUCUGGCCUGCAUGAGUUUGUCACGAAAACACUAAAAAGCACCGGAUUAUCGGAUCGUAAGUUCGUCCAGCCCUCUAUCGUUCCAAAGGUCGGAUUCGUACCUGGCUCUGUCGCCACGGACGCUGCAUCGCAUCUACUCCGAAUGGCCACGACUCCGUUGUCUCCCAUUCCCAGUCGAUACCUUUCGCCGAAAGUCGACUCCAAAACAGAUGUUCAAUGUACGUUUCAUACCAACUUCACACAUCCUUCGAGUUUCAAUGUGAAUUUUCUCAUAUCAUUGCUGUUUCGUUUCUCUUCUUCAGGCUUUGUUAAUGAACAAUAUGUAGAUGACCAGCCGCCUGCAUCAACUCAAACACAUGCACUGAUCUCUAGCGAAGGAGUUGGAUUCGAAAUGACCAGGGACGAAUAUGGAAAUAACACAACUAGUCUAGAUGAUGCCGGCAAAGAGAUUCAAAAUCCAAUUCUUCGAAGAUUCUUGCAUGACGCCAAAAUCCCGUUGUCUGUAGCUCAGCAACCUCCUAACAUCUCUCAAGGACAUUUCGCUACAGUUGCUGUUCGGGACACUCCUCAAACUCGCAUGGAAGUCCCGCUUACCGACACUGUCGUUCGACGAGCCUCGGAUCCAGCCUUGCGCUCAGCACCUGCAGUUAGCGCUGUCGGUCCACUACAGUUGGUCGAUGAGACUCUCGAACAUGAAGAUCGUCCCAAAUCCCGGAGAAUUUCAAGGCAUGUUAGGACAACGUUAAAUCGCAAUGAUUCGUCUCAGCCAGGCAUCGCGCAUCAUGGAGACUAUAAGCUGACGACAGAGGACUUCGAACAUGUAGCUCACCUUAAUGCGCAGUUCCAACAAGUCGCGUAUAUUCAGCGAUUCUUUUCACCGCUUCUUGAAUCAGUUGGAUUGAGUGCAAAAGGUAUCCGUCGCACUACAUUGAUGAAAAAAUUUGAUGGCUUCUUCUCCGCUGAAGGGCUUCUGCAGACUUUCCAGAUCGAAAUUGUCCUAUCUGUUCGUAACCCCCUGGCUACACGCGCACCACCAUCCUCAGCAACUGGAUCGGUACCAAGCGCCUCGACUAUGGGAACACCCUCCUGGCGUACUCCUGUUGGAAUGCCACCUACUCGGAAGUCGACUUUUUUGUGUCGCAAUUUCGGAUCAAAGCUCACUUUUCGUGAUGUUGUUGAUUUGUCUAGCAGGAAAGGCCAUAGUAUGGAUAGUUCCAACCAAAAGUUGGACAUUACACCCACGACCACCAAGCUUGAUGUGAUGUCCAAUAUCGAGUCGCUCCGGUUGCACAUUAACCUACCACUUCUGCGUCUUGUACACCAGUUCAUCACCAUGGUCUACUAUGCACGGGACACACACAAGAUCCUAGAAGCUGGUCGGCCGAAGCAACAUACCACACCGCCUGUUGGAAUGCAGCUAGCACAGAAACCAGAUUCAAAAGGUUUGUGCGUUCGUCAGCUGGUUCGCUCUGAUAAUGUUGUCCAACGCAUGAAUAAACCGCCCUGGUCCGCCUACUCUCGUUUUGUUCUCAUUCACCAGGUUCUUCCGAUGGUACGGAGGGAACUUUACGGUCGAGAUCCUCGGGCUAUGUGCGGUUGGGUGAAGGUUCGGUGGAAAGUGGUGGCCACGGAAACAGCUCCACAGAUGUGCCGACAUCUUCUCACGCUUAAUUCAGCGCCAAUUUGUUUGUCCUUCUUUCGUACAGUACCGAUUCAUGCUUUCAUUGAGCCAUUUCCUGAGCAACACUCAAGUGAGGUGGCGUCUAGUUCAAGUGUGGAGAAGGAUUCACAUAAGGGCUAUCCUCUUGUGAGCAGUAUUCCAACAACCACACCCACUAGCUAUCAGCUGGUCAUCUCAGAUAGCAUCGCUAAGCCCACCUUCGUCGGCAUUCGCCCCACUGCAGCCGAAUUGCCCGCUUGUUGGCGCCGGUUGCUCAACUACGUCGACCUGUAUACCACCGUCCCGAAAACAAAAACUGUCAUGCGUAAGCCCCCGUCCACAAUGCCAACGAUCACUGAGGAUGACUCCGACGUUCGGUGGUUACCGGCCGGUCGAUCUAGAGCCGCCUUUGAAGGGAACACGACAAGUUCACAGGAGGCAAGCACACCGCCCGGUGCUGUCACCAUGAAGCCUAUUCUCCUCGGAAGACGGCUUCUUAGCACUGUGAGCUAUCAGCCGCUAAAUGAAGACAUCGAAAUGGGGCACAUCCCUACUUCCACAAUGGCAACGAGACCUUCAGAAGUUUUGCAAAUAAGCACACGACCCGCCGCUCCCCCCUUGUCAACAGACCAAGUAUCCUCAACGGGAGUAAGUCCAGGUUUGUUCACUUCCGAAGAUGGUGCACCAAAACCCACAGCCCCAUCUCCUCUACGCUACACAAAGGAGCCUUUGAUCUCAUCUACUGCCAUGGAGCAGCUCACUCUUCCAUGGGUAUGCAGCGAACGCAUGCCGCUCAAGAUUUUUGUGUCCACGAAGAUCCAGCAAGUGGAUGUUAGUGCAGUUCUGAGCGAAUUGAAUCUGAUCGCCGGUAUUGGUGACGUCCAUGGAUCGAUGACACACUCGACGCGCAUUCGCGGACGAGGUAAGCUGGUUCUUUUUUCCCUUGUUCGUGUAGGCUACCUUUGUAUGAGAUAUAGUUUUCAGUGCAAUCAUCUUUAA